GUUAGAAAAAGUUUCCUGGUCCCAUAGUUACCCUUUAGAAGGAAGAACCAGAGCUUGGGGAGGAGUCGGGGCCACGGGGCCACCCCCGCCCCAGCCCCCCUGCCCGGCGUCGUUGCCACCCGCGGAGAUGAAAUGUGAGCCUGGGUGGCCGAAGACGCCGGAGUGGCCGCCUUCCCCGCGUCUGAGCGCAGUGGGCCAGACAAAGGACCUGGGCCCCAGCGCAGCCCAUCGCGGGCCACGCGCGCCCCAGCUCCGCGGAGCCCCGCACUCGCCCGCCCGGGACGCGACCAGCCCGGGCUCCCUUCGAAGACUCCCUAGGCAAUGGCCGCGUCUCCGCUCCACCCCACUCUCUGGAGCGCUGCCCCCUCCAUCUGAUCGCCCUCCAUUCCCAUUCCCUCCGGUUCCGGGCUCUCCCUUCGCUCCAAGCUUCUUCCUGGCGCGCAACCUCAGGCCACCGGCUUGGAUGGACGCGCCGAGGCUGCCCGUGCGUCCUGGGGUCUUGCUUCCGAAGUUGGUCCUGCUCUUUGUCUGUGCAGAUGAUUGCCUUGCUCAGUGUGGCAAAGAUUGCAGAUCUUACUGCUGUGAUGGAACCACGCCCUACUGUUGCUCCUACUAUGCUUAUAUUGGGAAUAUCCUCUCGGGCACUGCAAUUGCAGGCAUUGUUUUCGGAAUCGUAUUUAUCAUGGGGGUCGUUGCUGGGAUUGCCAUAUGCAUCUGCAUGUGCAUGAAGAACCACAGGGCAACCCGUGUCGGCAUCCUCACGACGACUCGCAUCAACACCAUCUCCUCCUGUCCGGCAGUACCACCACCCUAUAGUUACGACCACGAGAUGGAAUACUGUGCAGACUUGCCUCCGCCAUACUCUCCCACCCCACAGGGUUCAGCACAGCGUUCUCCACCUCCUCCUUAUCCUGGAAACCCAAGGAAAUAAUCUAUCUCCCAGAAGAGAAAAUGUGCCAAUCGGUGAUCUUGCCUGGAAUAAAAUGCCUCUACUCAGAAACAAGCAAAAAAGAAUUGCUCCAAGGAAUACUUUUUGGGGUCAGAUAAUAUGUCAGGUAGAAUAUCCCUGUGAGGAGCUACAGGGUUUGUACCCUGCUCAAACCUGACCCCAUCUGGAGUAUUAAUGUUUGGUUUCAUGGAAGUACAUUUUAAGAGAUCUUCUGAUCCACCUAGCACAUUCAGAGAAGAGUAAUGUGAUUGACAAAAUAUCUGAUAAUCAUGUUGUUUAAGGGCUAGGUGAAGGAAGUUUCAGUAUUGAUACCAGAAAAAAGAUCUAAGUAGGAUGGGAGAAUGGUUUGGCCUACACAAGAAAGCAACUUCAUUAUAUGUAGCUUUAAAAGUCAGAAUUGGAAUUGUUCAUUCUUUCAUUCAUCAGUAAAUGUAUUUUGAGUGCCUAAGCGUGAACUAUGUGCCUAGCACUGUUUGAGGUCCCAUUGGAAGUUACAGGAAGGGCACUCUGGUUUUAGUAUAAGAAAAAGCCAUGACUAGAUUGCUGUGUGAAGCUCCUGGUAGAGACGUGCUCUAGAAGGGACAAUGAAAUCAAAUAGUAGAUGAGUCCACUGGGUCUCAGAAGUUCUGCUCAUCUUUUAUGUGGGUGUGAAGUGAAUUUCUAUUGUAUCUAGGAGUGAAUACAACAGAAAGAGUUGAAUCUUAUUUAUAUAAUUAGGGAGUUAAAAUAAGCCCAAAAACAACUCAAUAGCUGUCUGAAGCCAAGAACCCUUCAACACCAGCUACUGCCACCUAAAAAUCAUCUGGUUUUAUAGUGGAUCAAAAUAAAGGUUAUUCCAACCAGUGGGGGAAAAAAAAAAUUGUAGCAAGUUCCAUAGGCAGCAGAUACUUUGCUUCGGUAAAAGAUGAGGAACCAAAUAUUCCCAAAGACUUUAGGUCCCAAAGACUUUAGGUCAGGGAGCAAAAAUCUCAGACCUUGACCAUGAAGACACACAACAGGCUUGUAAAAAGAAGUAAGAGAGAGAAAUGAAGUUCAGAUUUUCUUCUGUGGAAUUCUUAAACAUAUUUUUGUCUCCUUUGUAAAAUUUUGGUAAUCUAUUCUCUUUAAAAAGUUAAUGACAAAAUUAAGAUACUGACAUCAAAUUGUUGCAUUUUAACAAAAUGCAAAUUUUAUGAAGUGCCUACCUUUAGAUGUAUAAACAUUUAAUAAGUAAUUCUAAUGUGCCAUAUUUUGCUGCAAGUGACCUUAACAUUUAUAUUUUUAUAUGAGUUGUUUCAUGUAUUUAUAAAAAUUGCAUAUUGAACACUGGAAAUAGAUUAUUGGAUUUUUGUGUCAUUUUGCAACUAAAUCUAAAAUGUUUAGUCUAAAAUCAUCAUCAAAAUUCAGUGAAAUCCCAAAACAGUGCCAAGAAUUUUGCUGAAUGAAACAAAGCAAGCGUCUUAAGGUUUAAAUUAUAGUACCUGUCCUUGCAGAUAAGAAACUACAUUGCUAUUAUCAGUAGCGUAUUUUACUUUCAGAUACCUAUAGUGUAAAGAUACUGAUCUGACUGAAAUAUAGUCUACCUACCAGUAAGGUCUAAAGGCUGAAUUUGUUUUGAAUAACUUCCUUGAUUUUUAAACACUGAUGAUUUUCUUAUAUAUGAGGAUGCAAAGCCUUCAAGAGUUUCAGCCUGUUCUAGUGAGGGGCUUCCUGACUUACAUGAAGUUUUCAGCACAAUUUUAAUAGUACCUAUGGUUUAAUUUAUUUUUCUUCUGCCUGUAAUCAGACCCAAUUAUACUGCAGCUAUGACUCUAAGUGCCAGGGUCUCUGCGAUGAUUCUGAGGAGGUUGAGCACAAAUAUACCAUAUAUUCGUUAAGAAAAAUCUAAAGGAAAGAACAGCAGAAAUAGAGUUUUAUCAUCUUCACUAUCAAUAAACAUUUAUUGUAUACCUCCUAUGUUCUGCAAAUUUUCCCCCAAUAGAGGCCGUUUCUGUCCACCCCAUCUCUCUUCUUUGAGUUGUUCAUGGCCUCCCUUAAGGCAUUUUACAAACCCAUAAGCCUACAAUAGACGAGUAUUUUUACUGUUUGUAUUAACUGUCACAAUAGCAUAAAUGUACACAUUACCAGUGCAUACUUUUGGAGUUCACUGAUUGUUUUCAUAGAUGAUGCUUCUUGGGGAAAAAUAGUAUAGGAUGUGAAAGCUUUGAAUUAUGGUUAUUUAAAAACUAACAUUUGCUGUGGCCAAAGUGUUUAUAAUAAGCAAUAAAAUGAAAGAACCUAUUAUAACACAGAUUAUA